UCUUCCCACACACAAGUAGGGGCGCUCUUCUAAGAUUCCACAACAAACCAAAACAUUUUUGUUGUCUGCACAAAAAUUAGAGUCCACAAUGCUGAAAGCAAAGAUUUUAAUGUUAGGGCCAUGUCAGAGUGGUAAGACCGUGUUAAGUAAUUUUUUAAGUGAUUCUACUGAUUCUGCUGGUGGCGAUUAUCAACCAACGCAGGGUGUCAGAAUUUUAGAAUUCGAAGUUCCAUCAUCUGAUGUGAAGUCGCGGACAAGUGUUGAAGUUGAAUUGUGGGAUGUUAGCGGUGAUAAAAAGUUUGAGACAUGUUGGCCAGCAAUAGCUCGAGAUGUUAAUGGUAUAGUAUUUGUAUAUAAUCCAGAUCAGUCCAAUCAUGAUAAAGAAUUAGAAUAUUUAUUUACUUAUUUCGCGGAACAAGGAGCAUUGAAAGAGAAUCAGUGUAUUGUAUUUUCUCAUGUUAAACCUCGAUCUACUGGAGAUAUACAAUCAGAAUUACCUGAUGAGGAAACAGCAAGUAGUUUUAGCAGGAUAACGACAGUACAGACAAAUUUAGAUGAAGAUGGUGAGGCUGUUCGUGACGCAUUUAAUAAAUUCCUGGCAACUCUGGUCACAGCUCUCUCUGAUAAACGGGAGGAGGAAGAACUAAGCAUCAUUAAUCAAAGAUAGGCAUAGGAGAAAUAAAAUAAAUUAUUGUUAGUUUCUGAUGUAAAUUUAUGUUUUAUAUUUGAAGAUUUGAAGAGUCCAGAGGAAGAACGAUCUAAGUCACAUUUUUGUCUUUUCGCAUAAAAGGCAAAACAGAUUUUUGGACGAGAAUGCUUGACGCGAACAGAACAACGAGUGGGUUUAAUUACAACUUCAAAAUGAUGUUUAAUACGAAUCAUAAUUACCAGUACAACAACUGACUUUCACUUUUCAGCCAAAUUAAGAUCAAAUAAAGGGUACGAUGGACUUGUAUUUGUCCGGGAGGCCAUUUCACAAGGACCUUGGUUCGAUGUGACUCUGAUCGUUUUUACCUGAAAUUGAUUUGUUCCACAGAAAGCUUAUACAAUUUGCUACCAGAUGGCGCCAUUAACUGGGAUACGUUGAAAAAGUGACUUAGAUCGUUCUUCCCCAGAGCUCUUCAUUUAUGAGAUGUGAAAGCUGUGGUCGUAUAUUGUCCUCACCUCUGUCUGAUCGCUGCCCGUUUAUCCGUUCCAUUCCGUUCGUCGUCCACAUGGCUUUAGGGGCAAAACGAAAAGAUAGGUGAAUAGAUGAAAUAAAAUAACUGAUUGUUAGGUUUUGAUGUAAUGUGAUGUAUUAUAUUUAUUAAUGAAAUGCUGUAUUGUCGUCACCUGUACAUACGCUACCUGCUUCACUGUACAAUCUGAUUAAAAUACACAUCUAUAUUUUGUUUCGUUUUUGUAUACUUUCGACGGCCUACACCACAUGAAGAUUUGACCAGUUGUACUGGGAGGUUGCGCCAGGAGAUACGAGUGGCUUUUGACCCUAUGACGUCAGAUAUAAGUUUCUAGGUGUUUACCCACAGUUCCGUGCAUAAAAAGGCCAAGAACAGACCGUUUCAUUGGCUAAUUCCUCACAUCAGAAGGCCUGUUAUAUAACAACUCUUCCAGAUCCUAGUUUUGUGAAGACAAGUAAAACGAAAUAUUGAACUAUAAAAAAAGAAACGAAAUAGGACCCGUGUUUUAAUCAGAUUGGACUAGUUCGUCAUGCACUAUUGCUCCAGAGGCUAAAUUUAUUUACUUAUAUGCAAAUCACAUUUUAUUGAAUGUCCGUCCAUUAUUUUUGACUUUGUAAUUGUUUGUAUUGAUAUCAGUUUAACAUAAUGAACUCAUUUGACAAAAGUAUACAAUACAUAGACAAUAUCACCCAGUUCAUAUACUGUACUGCAUGUAUAGUAGACAAUAUCAUCCAGUUGUAAUCCGUCCUGACAUUAUUGUGUCACAUUGUUAAUUAUCAUUUUAUAUAAUUAAAAUAUUCCAUGUAUAUA